AUGCUCGAAGAUGACUUCAAUGUCAGAAUAAAUGUCAAUGAAUUAUUUGCAGAGAAGGCCACAAUCUGAAUUCCUGCCAUAUUCUGAGUAAUGCAGGCAAUCGAACAAUGUACUUUUGGUGUUGAGCGUAUCCUGGAAUUUCUCCAGACAGAAGACAAUCGCAACAGUCGGAGACAACUUUUACUCUCUUGUUCAAGACUAACAAGGUGAUUUUCCUUGAUAAUCUGUGCCGCAAAAGACGAUCCCCAAGAUAUCUUCUACCAAAAAGAGCCAAAUGCAGAUAUAAAGAGACUCUGUGCACGUUAUGAAGUAAUUGAACCUGAAGAUCGUAUUGAACAUUUUCUAAAAAUUUACCAAGCUUCAGAUUACAUAAAAUACAUGUACUCCAUAAUACCUAAAGGACUUGGCUACGACAACAGGAUAAUACAGGGCAUUGCCUUGCUAUCAUGGGCUGCUUUCUACAAGAUAUUCACUGCUGACAGCUUGCUAGAAGGAGAGCUUUGUUGUAACUGUAUCAGUGAUGACAAGUUCAAAGAAGCUAUAACCUUUUGCCAAUCAAAGGAGAUGAAUGAACAGUUAGUCGAUAUCCCUGGAACUGUUGAAGUCAAUCAACUGAUUCACUUCUCCCAAGGUAUCGAGGAAGAACUCACUCUAGAAAAUCUUAACUGUACAGAUUCGAUUAUCAAAGAGUUUGAAGCAGCUGAGUUUUCAACUAAAUUUGAAAGAGAACUUAGUGAAACUUCAAGUCAGGCUUCUCUAGACUUAGAGCAUAUUGGUCACCACAUGAGAGAGUUCCCUUUCACCAAUGAUGAUGCCACCUUUGAUUCGAAUGAGCACAUCAAGAUGAGGAUUGUGACAGCUAAAGACUGGGGUCGAGUUGAUUGGAACACCUGAAAUUUAAUCGAUAAAUCACUUGAACCAAUCGAAGUAGACAAUUUUAUUAUCGAUAUACAUGGAGGUUCAUUUAACUGAGGAUCAUCAGCCAAACAGUUUCAAUAUACAAAGUAUAUGGCUAUGAAUACUAACUCGGUUGUUUUCUCUAUUGAUUAUCGUCUUGCUCCACUCGCUAAAUUCCCUACAAAUAUUAGUGACUGCUUGCAAGGCUAUCUCUGGGUUAUCCAUUAUGCUGAGACAUAUUUACAGCUGAAAGCAAAAUCUAUUAUCUUGGAAGGGGAUUCAGCUGGAGGAAAUUUAGCUACAGCUUUAACCCAAAUUCUGAUCCAAAAGGGAUUGAAAGUUCCAGACAAACUUCUGUUACCCUACCCUUGCCUUGCCCCUGGCAAAAGAGGGUUUAGUCCAUCUCUUCUCCUAUCCUUGGAUGGGCUAGAGCUGAAUUUUCAGAACAUCACUCCUUGAGUAGAUUUAUACCUUCCAGCUGAAGACUUUGAUGAAGGAAUACCACAAAUUUGCUGAAACAACACUCAUAAGAACAUUUUAGACAAAUUCCCAAAAACCUUGAUGAUCCUACUCGGCAUGGACUGACUACGAGACGAGUCUAUCAGGUUUGCCAGCAAGCUAGAGAAAGCUGGAGUGGAUGUAAGCGUUGUUGAGUACAAAGACUGUCUCCAUGGACUUUUUUAUCAAACACUUUUCCCAUUCGAACUACCUGCAGCUACUCAGGCACUUGACCGUGCAUGUCAGUUUAUCAAUGAGUAA